AGCCCGGCAUAACUUAAAAGCCUGGCUGUUAUUAUUUUGCAUUUGUAGCCGUUGUGAUAAAUCUAAGGAAGGAAGUUGUUGUUGUACCCAUAAUGAAUCUCCUUAAGUCUCACUUGCGUGGAAUAUUUUAUCCUCCGGGAACAACUCCUUUAAAUUGGAGACUAUUCUCCAUCGUUUUCUUAUCUUCGUUUUGUUCUGCAAUGUCCAUCACCAUAUUGUUUCCAUUUUUACCAGCUAUGGUAAAGAGCUUUGGGAUUUCAGAUGAAGACACAGGAUACUAUGCAGGUGUUGUAGCAUCUUCAAUGUUUAUUGGACGCACUGCAGCUUGUUAUUUUUGGGGAUUAAUGACUGAUAGAUUUGGAAGAAGGCCUGUGAUGAUGAUCUGCCUUACAAUGACCCUGGUUGGCAUGGUUUGCUUUGGUCUGUCUUUCUCUCUCUACAUGGCCAUCAUUACCAGACUAUUUGUUGGACUAUCUGCUGGAAUUGUAGGGACAUGCAAGACAAUUGCUUCAGAAGUCAGUGAUAAUACAAAUCAGGUUAUCUUGCAGAACCAUCACAGAAAUAUCCCAGUGUUUUUACGAAAGAUUCACUCUUUGAUAAAUUCCCAUUUUUCCUUCCCUGCCUGUUACACUGUGCUGCACUCUUACUUACAGUUGUGUUGGCCUACUUCUACUUACCAGAGACUCUUGUUACAAGUGAUGAUGAGACAUCAUCAAGCGGUUCAGAAACUGGUGAAUUGGCCAUGCAAAGCACAGCUUCCAACAGUUUAAUUGAUGAAGAUGAUGAAAAUAGCUGCACACAAAAAAAAAGUCUGGAAGAAACAGAGGAAGUAGAAAUAUUUAUCAAUGAUGUGAACAAAGAGGACAUUGACAAUGACAGAAACUGUUCUGGUUUUAAGAGUCGCUGUUGUCCAAGAUAUAGAUGUUGUAAAUUCUUCAGAGACAGUAAAAUUGCAGUUUUAUUGAGGGAUCGUGUUGUAACCCUUGCCAUUUGUGUGUAUUGUUCACUUUCAUUCAUUGUCAUUGGUUAUGAUGAGUUGUUUUCUUUGUGGGCUGCCACAGGACCUGAACAUGGUGGACUUGGCUUUUCUACUGACCAGAUAGGCACUGCAUUACUAUGUGUAGCAGGACCUAUGUUAGUUCUUCAAUUUUGGGUUUAUCCAAAGUUUGAAAGGUGCCUUGGAUCAAUCAGGGUUUUUCAAUUGGCAAAUGUUGUCUUGGGAAUCACAAUUGCUUCUUUGUCAGCCUUGAAUACCCUUCAUGACAGGUCAAAAGUUCUCUGGCCAUUGAUGAUUGUUGUUCUCAUUCCAAUGAGGUUGGGUAUUGGUUGUGGCUUUAGCUCCACAGGAAUCCUUGUCAACAAUGCGGUACCUGCUUACCUCUUAGGCUCUGCAAAUGGACUUGCAAUGACAGCAAGUUCCAUAUCCAGAACCUUAGCUCCAAUUUUUGCUGGGAGUGUGUUUGCCUGGUCGAUAAGUAAGGGCUACAAACACGGAUUUCCGCUUGACGAACACUUUGCUUUCAUAUUGCUUUCCAUCGUGUGUUUCCUGGCUGUUCUGCUGAGCUUUACUCUUCCCAAGAGACUGAACAUGAGACCGUCAGCGCCAGUGAAAGUAUGAAGACAGAAGCCCGCAUUUUCUUUCCCAUCAUUCAGUGUUCACACUGUAUAGAAAAGGGAGGGGCGGCAACACAAUGACAGCAUGCUUGGCGCAACGUCAUAUUUAUGCCACUCAGGCAUUCGAGACUACCAGGAUGGGGGUAGCCUCAUCUUUUGGAAGGAGCUGCACGCUGUUUUUAGAGGAAAUGACAGAUGGAUUAGAACAAUAAAAACUGUUACAAUUUAAAAAAUUACAGUUCAAGUUUGAAAGCAUUGGGUUAAAGUUUAAAGAUGCACAAACUCUGGGCUCCUUUAAAACUAGAAUAACUUUAAUAGGACUUAAUCAAAAGCUCGUUAGAUAGAUUUUAAAUUUAAUAGCAUAUUUAGUACAAUUUUAUGGUCUAUUUUUGAUUGUGGUACUUACAUCUAUUUGUUUGGUGGUGUUCUCGUUGUUAAUGAGAGACGAAUAGAAAAACGGUUAUUAAUCUAUGUAUGCCUGAAUGAAAAAAUUAUGAUAAAGCUCGUGUGGUUUUCGCGACGACGAUACGCGAACAUCGCUUCAAUUUGUUUUAACUAACUAGCACGUCAUGAAUUUAUUACGGAAAUUCUCUCACUAGUUGUCUGAGGUAUUUGAUAUGUUGUUCAGAACUAACGAUAACAUCCAUCUUCAAUCUAUUAAACGCCCUAGAUCUAAAUCUACAACGUAAUGUAACUCAAGUCUAUAAUAAAGUGCAAUGUUCAGUUGAGAGUCUA